AUGGGCCCUCGAAUACUUUCGCAAUUUGAUUACGACGGUGGCGCUAAACCGGAGCGUUCUCAUAAUCGAAUUCUCGCUAGAAAGACUCAUUCUUUAUCGUUUUCUUCGCACAAAGAAUCUGUUACGAGGCUUUUGGAAGAGAAGCUCAUCUCUUUCUUGGAGUCAUGUAAAACCCCGAAACAGCUUCUUCAAAUCCAAGCCCAGAUUUUUAGUCAUGGGUUAGAAGAGAAUGAUUACGUCGGUCCGAGAAUCGUCUCCGCUUGUUUCCGAUUCACGAGAGUUGAUUACGCACGCCAAGUGUUCGACAGAAUCUCUCAGCCAAAUGUCUCUGUUUGGAAUGCCAUGUUCAAUGGGUAUACGCAAAGCGACUUGCACAAAGAAGUUUUGUUGUUGUUCAAGAGAAUGAGAAGCAACGAUGUGACGCCCAAUUGCUUCACUCUCCCAGUGGUUUUAAAAGCUUGCCUGAUGAUUAACGAUCUAAGACAGGGAGAGGAGAUACAGUGCUUCUCGAUAAAAACAGGGUUUAGAUCAAACUCUUAUCUAGGAACCAAGUUGAUCGAGAUGUACUCAUGUGCAGGAGUGAUAGCAUCUGCAAACAAGGUCUUCUGUGAAAUGGUUGAGAAAAAUGUAGUUACUUGGACUUCCAUGAUCAAUGGGUAUAUUUUGAACAAAGACUUAGUCUCUGCUCGGCGUUAUUUUGAUUUGUCGCCUGAGAGAGACAUUGUGUUGUGGAACACUAUGGUCUCUGGCUAUAUUGAAACGGGGAACAUGAUGGAGGCGAGGCGUCUUUUCGAUCAAAUGCCUUGUAAAGAUGUCAUGUCGUGGAACACGGUUUUGGAAGGUUAUGCGAAUAUUGGAGAUAUCGAAGCUUGUGAAAGAGUUUUUGAAGAAAUGCGGGAGAGAAAUGUAUUCUCUUGGAAUGGUUUGAUCAAAGGGUAUGCUCAAAAAGGUCAGCUUUCUGAAGUGUUGGAUUCUUUCAAGAGAAUGGUAGACGAAAGGAAUGUUCUUCCUAACGACGCAACGUUGACUUUAGUCUUAUCAGCUUGUGCGAAGAUAGGAGCUCUCGAUUUCGGGAAACGGGUACAUAAGCAUGGAGAGGAUCUUGGGUAUGAUAAGGUAAAUGUCAACGUUAAGAAUGCUCUGAUCGAUAUGUAUGCGAAAUGCGGAGCUAUAGAUAUAGCUAUGGAAAUCUUCAAUGGCAUAAAGAGAAGAGAUUUGAUAAGUUGGAAUACCAUAAUCAACGGCUUAGCUGCACAUGGACAUGGUAACGAGGCCAUAGAACUAUUCCGUGAGAUGAAAAGUUGCGGAACUAGACCGGACAAGGUAACAUUCGUCGGUGUCUUAUGUGCAUGUAGACACAUGGGUUUGGUUGAAGAUGGCUUGGCUUAUUACAAUUCAAUGUCUACUGAUUUCUCAAUCACGCCGCAGAUCGAGCAUUGCGGUUGUGUGGUGGAUUUACUAUCUCGUGCUGGACUUUUAACGCAAGCUGUUGAGUUUAUAAACACAAUGCCGGUGAAGGCGGAUGCUGUUAUAUGGGCAACUUUGCUUGGAGCUUCAAAGGUUUACAAGAAGGUGGAGGUUGGCGAGCUUGCUCUUGAGGAGCUGGUCAAGCUUGAACCAAGGAACCCGGCUAAUUUCGUGAUGCUCUCAAACAUAUAUGGAGAUCUCGGGAGGUUUGAUGAUGCAGCGAGGCUAAAAGUUGCUAUGAGAGACACCGGUUUUAAGAAAGAAGCAGGUGUUAGCUGGAUUGAGACCGAUGAUGGUUUAGUGAAGUUUUAUUCUUCGGGAGAGAAGCAUCCUCGAACAGAGGAAUUACAGAGGAUCUUGAGAGAGCUUACGAACUUGAACAUCCUGCUUGAUGAAGAAGAAGAAGAAGAAGAAGAAGAAGAAGAAGAAGAAGAACCUCAAAAGGAUUUUGUCUAG